AUGGAUAAUAGAAAAGUGUUUAGUUCUUACAGGAGUAAGCUAAAUACCAAAAAAGAUAAUAGUUAUCAUCCAUAUUCUUUGAUCACUAAUAGAUUUAAACAUUGGUUUAACAAAACUGAUAACAAAUCUGAAUCUUCAUCUUCAGAAAGUCAGUCAACAUCUGUAAAUACAAAAACGAAUAAUGAAUCUGAACCAUCGUUUAUAAAGCCAUUUAAAUUUCCUGAACCAAAGUUAGCUUCAUCAUCAUCAUCAUCGACUACAUCCUCAGUUACUCAAGAAAGUACUAAAUCAUUCAGAGUUCCUGGAUCAUUUACAGUAGAUGAUAUGCAACAACAACAACAACAACAACAACAACAACAACAACAACCAAAAACUAAUAAAAUUGUGGAUAUUAGUCGUCAUGACGUAUCUAUGAAUGACACAACUAACGACCAUACUGCAAAUGAAAUUCUAUCAAAUUUUUUCAAGAGAAAAGGUGAGAAGCCAUUAAAUGAUAUAGAAUAUGAAGGAGUAAUGGCAUUGAUUUCUAGAUCGAAAGCUGGUACACCAAUUAGUAAACGAGUGAUAUCUGAAUCAAUUUUAGAACAACAACCACAAAGGAAAAGGGCCAAAAAUGAAAAGUUAAUAGACGGUGCAGCUGGUGCAACUGGUGCAGCUGGUGCUACUUACAAACAAAGCACUUUGAUUCAUGAUACUUCAAAUAUAAGUAUAUCUACUCCAGGAUAUAAACCAACCUAUCAUACUAUUCAAAAUGAUACUUUUGAUAGAAGCAAUCAAUCAUUCAAUAACACUACUUCAAUCAUACCUUCUAUCAAACGAGUCUAUCAAUUUUCAGGAUUACCUUCACCUUAUUCUACUAGACUUAGACCUCCUUCUUCAACGAAAAAAUAUAAAAAACUAAGAAAUUUGCAUAAUGAAAAUAGCAAGCUUGAUAAUACAAGUACAGCUAUCAAUAAUAAUGACACUACUACUAUGAAUAAUAGUGCCAAUACUACUACUUUUGUUAAUAAAACACGAGAAUUUAAAAGUGAAACUGCGAAAACUUUAUUAUCUAUAUUGGAUGGUAGUGAACAAGAGAAAGCAUUUGAUUUUAAUAAUGAUGAUUCAAAAUUAGAGGAUUUAAAACCGUCAUUCUCAUCAGGGUUUAAAUUCAUUAAUCCAUAUGCUAAAAAUGGUCGUAAGAUAUCAAGAUCAAUUAAAAAUCUUAAACCAGAAACUGGAAUUGUUAAUAAAGCAAUAUCUAUAACUGCAAAUGAUAUUGAUAAAACUAUAUCAUAUGAUAAAUCUGAAUCAUUACCUUUAGCGAAAAACCCAUCGCAGGAUUCAUCCAUUAAUAAAUUGGAGAAGAAACUGAACGGAAAUAUUGGUCAAGAAAAUGGUGAAUCAUCAAAUGCAGGAUUUGGUUCUGAGAAGAAUCUGAGUUCUCCAUCGAAAAAUACAUUCACUUUUAAUAAAUCCGAGACAGUGCUUAAACCAGAGGAGAACAAUAAUAAAUCUGAUACUACUACUCGCAAUGAUCAACCAAAAUUCAAUGGGACAAUCAAUUUCAAUGAUAAUUCCAAUUCUACCAAAUCAACCAACGCCGCUAACAAAGAAACUUCCAGUGAAAGUAUUAUAUCAAAUGGAAAUUCUAAUAAACAAAAUCCAUUUAUUUUUGAAUUUCCUAAAGUUGAAGUGAAAAAUGUUCAAUUGGAUACAAAUAAAGUUGAUAGUUUUAAAUCAUUAUUUUUGUUUUAG